AUGGACUCCCACCCCCGCUAUCUCAUUCUCCGUCCUGAAAACGGAGGUAUUAUGGACUUAUUCACCAAUGCUCUCUUCGGCGCCGACUUUACCCGCUUUCUCGGCCACUCUCAAAUCACAUCAUUCGUCGAUCACAGAUGGGUCAUCUUCGUUUCCAUUUUUAUUCGCAAAUUCAUCACUUUCAUUGCCAAGCCUAUGGACUGGACCGGCCGUUUUCUUGAGUUUUUCCUCAAUCUCCUUUCCCUCAACGGUUACUUCUUUGGUCUGCUUCUCAACUUAACGCGCGGAAAACUCGUGAUUCCUCUCAGGGGUUCACAAACUUUUAUGAGUACAAUUGGUCACUUAGAUCGUAGGGUUGAUCUCAAAUUUAUCACCCAGGGAGACUUCCAACCACAAUUAGGCAACCGUGCUUUAAUGGAUCUCUGCAUUAUGUCUUCCAAGUUAGCAUAUGAGAACCCCAAGUUCAUCCAAAACAUCGUCACCACCCGUUGGAACAUGCACUUUGUCCAUUUCUAUGACUGCUGGAAUGAUUUCCAGAAACAGAUGUCCACUCAAGUUUUCAUUCUAUGCGACAAAGCCAAAGAUGCUAAUUUGAUAUUAAUCAGCUUUAGGGGUACUGAACCUUUUGAUGCGGAUGAUUGGUGUACUGAUUUUGAUUAUUCCUGGUAUGAGUUUCCAAAUGUGGGAAAAAUACACAUUGGAUUCCUAGAAGCCCUUGGUCUGGGAAAUAGAGAUCAACCCUCCACCUUCUACUCUAUUCUCCAAAGGGAAGAUACAGAGUUACUGGACUCUACAAAUGGUGUUAAUCUUGCCGCUAAUUACUCUUCACAAAGCAACUCUGAAUCGCUGUUGUCGGGCAUUGACUCUGAUGAAGAUCAAUCUUUCACGUAUAACAAGACUCCACAGAAGCAAACUGCAUAUGAUGUUGUGAGAAGUAAACUCAGAAGCUUAUUAGAGGAGCACAAGGAUGCGAAAUUCAUUGUUACCGGGCAUAGCUUGGGAGGAGCCUUGGCUAUAUUGUUUCCAACGGUGCUUGUGGUGCAUAAAGAGAUGGAGAUUAUGGAAAGGUUGCUUGGUGUAUACACAUUUGGCCAACCUAGGAUUGGGAAUAGGCAGCUCGGGAGAUUCAUGGAACCUCAUUUGGAUCGCCCUGUUCCAAAGUACUUCAGGGUGGUUUACUGCAAUGAUAUUGUCCCCAGGUUGCCUUACGAUGACAAGACCUUCUUGUACAAACAUUUCGGAGAGUGUCUUUACUACAACAGCCACUACGUUGAAAAAGAUGUGAAGGAGGCGCCAAAUAGAAAUUUCUUCGGAAUGAGGUUCAUAUUAUCACAAUAUUUGAAUGCUGUUUGGGAGUUAAUACGAGGCUUGACAAUGGGUUACGCUGAAGGAGCAGAGUAUAAGGAAGGGUGGUUUCGCAUGCUGGUAAGGAUAAUAGGACUGGCACUUCCUGGUUUUUCGGCUCAUUGUACCACAGAUUAUGUCAACUCUAUCAGACUUGGAAAGAAAAGCUCCCCUCAUAUGUCUUCUAUUUAA